CUCGCCCUCCUCCGGCCCCGCUGCAGCGCCGCCCGGCCGAGCCUCUUUCCUCCCCGGGGCGCCCGCCGCGAUGUUCAACCGCGCAGUGAGCCGGCUCAGCAGGAAGCGACCGCCGUCAGACAUCCACGACAGUGAUGGGAGUUCCAGCAGCGGCCACCAGAACCCCAAGGGCACAGCCAAGUGGGCGGCCUCACUGGAGAAUCUGCUUGAAGACCCAGAAGGCGUGAAAAGAUUCCGGGAAUUUUUAAAAAAGGAAUUCAGUGAAGAAAAUGUUUUAUUUUGGCUAGCAUGUGAAGAUUUUAAGAAAACGCAAGAUAAAAAGCAGAUGCAGGAAAAGGCAAAGGAGAUCUACACGACCUACCUGUCCAGCAAGGCCUCGUCCCAAGUCAAUGUGGAGGGGCAGUCGCGGCUCACUGAGAAGAUCCUGGAAGAGCCGCACCCCCUGAUGUUCCAGAAGCUCCAGGACCAGAUCUUCAACCUCAUGAAGUACGACAGCUACAGCCGUUUCUUGAAGUCUGACGUGUUUUUAAAACACAAACAAACCGAAGAAGAGGGAGAAGAUUCACCCGAUGCCCAAACUGCAGCUAAAAGAGCUUCAAGAAUUUACAACACAUGAGCCCCCCAAAUGCUGGCAGGACUGGCAGCUUGCGGAAGCCAAGGAGAUCACUCUCAGGACCAUGCAGGGUUUAUAAUUGCUUUGUUAUGUGCAAGGACUGAAAUGUACAAAACCCUUCCAUGGAAUACGUGUAUUUUAUUAACUACUUGACAUAGUAAGUUUUGCAUGAUGGCUAAUCUUACAUAAAAAAA